AUGAUAAGAAGUAGCAUGCCAGAUGAGAAGAAGAAGGGAGGGGAGAAGUUUAUGGGGGGAGGGGGACGGAGAGGGGAAAGUUUGAGACAGGCCGACGGUACCGAAGGGAACAGCAGCGAACGUAAUCAGAGCGACUAUCGCCUCCGUGCCAGGGUGGAAGGAAGUGCUGAAGAAUCUCUGCCGAAGAACUCGGACGCUAACGGCGUUGUCGCCUUCGUCUGUGGGACCCUCAACUACGCUGACCUGAUGAACUCAUUCUACUUUGGCUCCAUCCGCCCCAACGGCAUUCGCAACUUCAUCUUCGUCGCUCUCACCGACGAUAUGUGCGGCAUGCGCGUCCUCAACCCCGCCGUACCCUGCGUCCAGUACCCCCGCCACUACGGCACCUCCAAGGGCGCAGCUAUCAGCUGGGGGACAGCUCGGUUUGCUCAGGUGGUGCAGGUGAAGACAGACGUUCUGCUGGGGAUAGUGCAGGAGGGUUUCACGGGCCUGCUCAUGGACGCAGACAUCCACCUGUUCCGGAACCCCAUGCCCGAGCUAGCGCAGCUGGCGGAGGAGGAGCGGGCGGACAUGGUGAUCCAGGACGACAUGGAGGGAGGAAGGAACAGCGGCUUCAUGUACCUCCGGCCCUCCGAGGAGGGAGCAGCGUUCGCCGUCCACGUGGUGGGGAUGCAGAGGAGGAGCAGGACGCUGCGGCAGCAGGAGGCGGUGAACAGAGCUCUCCGAUCCUUCCACAUGCGCCAUUUUCGUGUCUUCCCCCUCCCGCAGAGCUCCUGGCCAUGCGGGGAGGCGUUCUUCAACAAGUUCGCAAGGCGCAUCUUUGCGUGGAGCUCAGCUUGCUCUGACUGCAUCAUGGUGCACAACAACUGGAUCCUGGGGGAUGACGCCAAGGAGUACAGGGCAAAGGAGUUCCUCCAGUGGACGGUUGACUCUGCAGGAGGAGGGAGCAUGGAGCAGGGGUACUACACCUCCUCGGAGAACCGGCUUUCGGUGUCAGGUCUGAACUCCAUACAGCCCAGCCCUGAGAGAGCCUUCUACAUCGCAGCAAGAUUCCAACAAGUUCCCACCUGGGGAAAUAAGUUCCAAGACGAGGUUCCCGCUCAGAACACCACAGUCGUGCGAACUUCGAUGCAGGGAAUCAUCACCAAAGAAGAGAUCCAGAGGAAUUGGGGGAGCUAUCCGGACAAGAUCCUUCGCUUCCACUCGCUCUAUCACGUCACCGUCCUAGAUGGCGACGACUUGGCUUUUGACAAGAAGUGGGUGAAGGCGAUGAUGCAUGCCAGCAUCCGUCAAGUCUAA